AUGCACUUCUCCAAACUUCUCACUCUCACCGCGGCCACUUUGGCCUUCGCCCACCCCGGCGAGAAACAUGACCACGAGGCUGUGAAGCGGGAGAUUCGCCUUCGCGAUGCCCUGGCUGCCCGCGGCAAGCAGGGAGUUGAUUCUUGCUCCAACACCCAGCAGGCCAAGCAGGUCCAGCAGCGCACGAUCUCCCGUCGGGCCAACACUGCUCGCGAGCUGCGCUCCAAGAGGGGCAUCACUGCUGCCUCCCACAAGUGGCGUCGUAACCUCGCUGCCCUCGAGAAAUGGGAAGCCAUCAACCACAACAAGACUGGCAUCCUCGAAUUCUCUCCCGAGACCUCCGAGGCCGACAUCUUCGGUGCCAACACGAGCUCCAUCCUGACUCCCACUAUCACCGACGGACCCUACUACGUCUGGGGUGAAGUCAUCCGCCAGAACGUCGUGGAAGAGCAGUACUGUGAUGGUGUUGAUGUCUUCCUCGAGGUGCAGUACAUCGAUGUCAACACCUGUCUCCCGGUCCAGGGAGCCCUCGUUGACAUCUGGAAUGCCAACGCCACCGGUGUCUACAGUGGUAUCUCCACCAGCGGCAACUACGCCGCGGACGGCUGGGACUCGACCUACCUCCGUGGUAUCCAGGAAACUGACGAGGACGGUGUGGUCACUUUCUCGACCAUCUUCCCCGGUCACUACGACGGUCGCGCCACCCACACUCACCUCCUGACGCACCUCAACUCCACCAUCAACCGCAACAACGGCACCCUCGAGGUGGGCACCGGCAAUGUCGCUCACAUCGGUCAGCUGUUCUGGAACGAGGUCCUGCGCACUGCCGUCGAGAACACCUACCCUUACACCACCAACACCCAGGACGUGACCAGCAACGCGGACGACAUGUGGAGUGUGCUGCAGGCCUCCAGCGACUAUGAUCCCUUCCCGGAGUUCCUGUACCUUGGCGACCGCAUCGAGGAUGGCUUGUUCGCGUGGAUUCAGAUUGGUAUUAACACCACCGCUGACUACACUGAUAACUCGUACUACAGCAUUGCUGCUUACUACGAUGAGACUGGUGGUCACGAGAACUCGAACAGUGCGGCCAUGGGUGGUGGUUCUGGUGGCUCGGGCGGUGCGCCUUCCGAUGCCAUGUCUUCGGGUGCUGUUCCCACGGGUGCCAUGCCUUCUGCCAGUGCUAGUGCUUGA